AUGGCCUCCAAAGCGAACAAGUACUCGGUUAUCCUGCCGACCUACAAUGAGCGCAAGAACCUCCCCAUUAUGACCUGGUUGUUGAACCGCAUGUUCACUGAGAACAACCUCGAAUGGGAACUCAUCAUCGUCGACGACGGCUCCCCCGACGGAACCCAAGAAGUCGCCCUUCAGCUCGUCGAGGCCUACUCCCCCCACGUCGUCCUCAAGACCCGAACUGGCAAGCUCGGCCUCGGAACGGCCUACGUCCACGGCCUGCAGUUCGUUACCGGCAACUUUGUCAUCAUCAUGGACGCCGACUUCUCGCACCACCCCAAGUUCAUCCCCCAGAUGGUGGCCCUCCAGGAGAAGGGCAACUACGACAUUGUCACCGGCACCCGCUAUGCUGGUGAUGGUGGUGUUUACGGCUGGGACCUCAAGCGCAAGUUUGUCAGCCGCGGCGCCAACCUGUUCGCCGAUACUGUGCUCCGACCCGGCGUUAGCGACCUGACUGGCAGCUUCCGCCUGUACAAGCGAUCCGUCCUCGAGAAGGUCAUCUCCAGUACCGAGAGCAAGGGAUACAGCUUCCAGAUGGAGAUGAUGGUGCGCGCCAAGGCCAUGGGCUGCACCGUCGCUGAGGUGCCCAUCUCGUUCGUCGACCGUCUGUACGGCGAGAGCAAGCUGGGCGGCGACGAGAUCGUCCAGUACGCUCAGGGUGUCUUCAACCUGUGGCUCAAGGUGUAA